AUGAUUGUGCCAGCAAGAAAGCCAAAUCUCUCAUAUAUUUUGCUCAAGACAGGCCUUGUUUAUGAUGUUAGAAUGCGGUAUCACGCCAAAAUCUACACAUCUUACUUUGAAUACAUUGACCCUCAUCCUGAAGAUCCUAGAAGAAUAUACAGGAUUUACAAGAUUUUAGCAGAGAAUGGCUUAAUUAUAGACCCAAGCCUUUGUGGCUCUGAUGAUAUUGGUGAUUACAUGUUGAAAAUCCCGAUUAGAGAAGCAAAAAAGGAAGAAAUUUUGGCUGUCCACUCUGAAGAGCACUUGAAGUUUAUUGAAUCGACUCAAAACAUGAAUAAAGAUGAGCUUUUGAAAGCAACAGAAAAAGGUGAUUCUGUUUAUUUCAAUAAUGAUUCAUUACUUUCAGCCAAGUUAUCAUGUGGUGGUGCCAUUGAAGCAUGUAAAGCUGUGGUAGAAGGUAAGGUAAAAAAUGCAAUGGCUGUUGUUAGACCACCAGGUCAUCAUGCUGAACCAGAUGCACCAGGUGGAUUUUGCUUGUUUUCAAAUGUUGCGGUUGCUGCUACCUCCAUUUUGGAUAGUUAUCCUGAAUCUGUUAGGAAAAUAGUUAUUAUUGACUGGGAUAUUCAUCACGGUAAUGGUACUCAAAAAGUGUUCUACAAUGACCCGAGAGUCCUUUAUAUUUCGUUGCACAGAUAUGAACAGGGUAAAUACUAUCCGGGUACUAAGGCAGGUGGCGCAGACCAAGUAGGAGAAGACUUGGGAGAAGGCCUGAAUGUGAAUAUCCCUUGGCCUGUUGGAGGUGUUGGCGAUGCUGACUAUAUUUACGCGUUCCGUAAAGUUGUUAUGCCAAUUUGCUAUGAAUUCCAGCCUGAUUUGGUCAUCAUUUCCUCCGGUUUCGAUGCCGCCGAUGGUGAUGUUAUUGGGGGUUGUCACGUUUCUCCUGCAGGAUAUGGUCAAAUGACACACAUGCUCAAAAGCUUAGCAAGGGGAAACCUAUGUGUUGUAUUAGAAGGAGGCUAUAAUUUAGAUUCUAUUGCAAAAUCUGCAUUAAGAGUCGCAAAAGUCUUGAUCGGAGAGCCUCCCGAGGAAUUGAAACAAAUCAAUCCUAAAAUAGAAUCCAUUGAAGUGAUUGAUGAUGUUAUUAAAAUUCAGUCGAGAUACUGGAAGUCCUUAGGCCCAGGUUAUACAGGUUUAGACUACAACCUACCAUCAAUUAUGGGAAAUUUUGAUAAGUUGACAUCGCAAUCUCCUGAUCCUACGUUUAUUGAAGUUGCGAGUAAGCACGAGAGAUUGAACGACGCAGUAAGAGAUCACCAGAGAACCGCAUUAUUUGAAAAAUACAACUUUAGUACUUUACCGUUGUUCAUCGAAAAAUUACCCAAUACACAGUCCUACAAUGCAUCUACAAUUUUAUGUUCACCUGAUAUAUAUGAAAACGAUAAAAUUGUUAUAAUUGUUCACGACCCCUCACGUAUUUGGGCACGUCGUGACCCAAUAACCGGUGAUUUGGAUCCUGCGAACGCGGUUACAGUCGACAAAUCGCUAGAUUUCAUUGAAUGGGCUUUGAAACAAAAAUGGGGGGUGAUAGACAUUAAUAUUCCAAUUACAAUUACGGGAAAAGAUGACGCUACCUAUAACAAUAUUAACACUUCUCAGGAUAUUCUUCUCUACCUGUGGGACAAUUUUCUCCACUUUUUCAAGGCCCAGAAAAUUGCUUUCAUAGGAGUGGGUGAAGCUUAUAACGGGAUAAUUCAUUUAUGUGGGCACAGGGAUGUCAGAAAAUUAGUCAAGGCUAGCAUUAAUUUUGUCGACAAGGCCACAGCUCUAAGAGCAGUCAUCUCCACAAUUGAUGAAUCAAUCGUUGAUUGGUUUUUUAGGAAUUCCUUAGUUUUCACGAGCAGUAAGCACUCUUGCUGGGGUGAUAAAGAUACGGGAAACACUAAAAGGCCCAGAAAAAAGUACGGAAGAGUUCUUCGGGCCGAUGUCGAAGGCCUAGACGGUGUGAUAGACGAGCGAUUUGACGAGGUAUGCACCUUUAUUCAAGAAUCUUUAGAAGAUUAUGAGAGUGAAAGUGAUUCUGAAUCGUAA